AUAUAAACUAAUGAGAGGCCCGGGAGGCCCUCUAUAUAAACUAAUGAGAGGCCUGGGAACCAGGAUGAACAAGCGCGGUUACUAAGAAGCAGGGUACCAGUCUACCUCAACAUGCGUCAUGAACCGCAUUAGAAGAAGGGAGACAAAUUUUACGUUCGGGCUCGAAACAGCGCUUGUUUUGCCUCCUUUACCUUUACAAAGAAGGAGCAUUUUGUUGCACGCGCAGUGCAAAUAUUGAAUGAAUUUCUUCCGCAAAGGUUUCGUACCAACCACUGUUGUCAACAUACACUGCUUUGUGCGCUUCGCAGGAUCAUACAGAACUACAAGCACAAUCAUAAUGUCUGACGUGAAAGAUCUGGUCGACAGCAAAAUAGCUGGAAAGAAAGUGAUGGUUUUCUCCAAAUCUUCAUGCCCAUUCUGCGUGAAAGCGAAGGACGUCCUCAAGAAAUACAUCGGAGAUAUCCUGUCGGCGGAUGACUACGAGGUUAUGGAGAUCGAAACGAACUCCAAAUGUGGUGCAAUACAGAACUAUCUUGGCAGUAUCACAGGAGGAAGCACGGUGCCAAGAGUUUUCAUCAAUGGUCAAUUUCUGGGUGGUGGAGAUGAAACUGUUGCUGCACACAAGAGUGGGCAGCUGAAGUCCCUCCUACAGGCCUGACUUACUACUGACACAGAACAUUCAUCGUCAACUUGACGGCAAAAUUGUCUGCAAACAAAAGUAUUCAGAAACUUGUGGAUUAUUGGAUGAAAAAAUGAAUUAAACCAGACCAUUGACUCUUCACUGACAUCCCAGAAUUUCAAGCCAAGUAUUUAUCAGUUCCAAUAAUAAAUUAUAUGUUGAUAUCUUUCAAGUGGAGGUUUGUUUAAUAGGUCUCCGCUUUAUUGUUUUAAUCAGCAUUUAAGUUUGAAAUUUGGUCACUUUGUAACUAUUCUUGUUCAUAAAAACGUAUUUAGUUUGA